UGUUAUCACCGUGAUAACUCGUAACGACUAACAAAAUCUGUAAAAAACACAUCAAAAAUUGAUUAUUUCAAAACAUGACGUAAAAUUCAAAAUUUACUCUUUUGUAAAAAUAAAAGAAAAACACUUUUUAUAUCGUUUAUAGAAUAAAUUUACGAAAAAAUUUCAACGGUUGAAAUAUAAAACAGCAUUGAGAAAAUAUAUAUCUUAAUCUAUAAAUAUCGCAAUCUAUUUAUCUAUCUAAAAAUAGUGAAUGCAAAUAAAACUCAAUAAGAAAAUAAAAAUAAACAUGUGGACGCGGGAAAGAUUGGCGCACCAUUGAAUAUCGUAUCGAAAACACUUUAGGGAAACUUUUUAUCUUAUGAUGCAGAAGCAGUAACUACUUACUGUGAGUGUGCGGUAUGGAUACGUUUUACUCUGGUGCAAUUCACAGCUUUCCUCAACAUACCGGUGUGGUGAAUGGAAUGUCCUCCGGAAUCGCUGCUGCAUUAGAUCAAGAUGGUGUCUUGAGCCUCAUUGUUGUUCUUGGUGGAAGCCUUUCCCUGGUUGCCCUCGUUUUUGCUUUUAUUACCUACAGCCUUUUUUCUGACCUACGCAGCUUGGCAGGAACAACCCUUAUGAACCUCCUAGCUGCUCUUUUUAUGGUUCAACUUCUCUUUAUCGUCGGUGUUGGUGGAGUUCAGGACUCGGAGCUAUGUAUUGCGCUCGGACUCAGCCUUCAAUAUUUGAGGAUUUCCGUUGUUUGCUGGUUGGUUGCCAUGUGCCAUCACCUUUAUGCAACAAUAGCAUCGAUUCCACGUUGUGAUGAUCCACCAACGUAUCUCAAGUACAGCAUUUUUGCCUGGGGAGCACCACUUCUGACACUCAGUGCUUCCAUUCUCGUUCAAACUCAUGAAGCCAAUGAUAUUUGGAACAUUACGGAUUUGACACCAUUCAACUGCUGGUUCCUUGGCACUAAAGCUACAAUCUACACUUAUGGACUACCUAUCGUUCUACUUCUUUUUAUCUCUGGAUACUAUCUUCUCAAGGCUGCCAUUGUGUCGAGGUAUACAUGUAGUAUGCAGCUGGAAAUUAGAUUGCGAGAGAAGAUGAAGCGAAGAAGAGGUCUUCAGUUACUUCUUUUCUUCAAAAUCUGCUUAACAGUUGGCCUGGUUGCUGGCUGUGGCGUUGCAGCGAGGAUUUGGAGAAUUCCCGUUUUAUGGGCCAUUUUCUGCACUGGCCACUCACUUCAGGGUCUCGUAGUGGCAUUGUCAGUUGCCUGCAAUUGUCGAGUAUUAAAAGUCUAUGCCAAAAAGCCCAUGCAAUGUAAACAACAGAUCGCCAAGUCAUCGAGUAUGCAACUGCUGGCGCCGCAUCCUGAUCCGGUGUAAAAAAAAAAUUUGAACAAAACGAACGGAAUAACAUUCAAAUUUACCAAACCUUUCAUCAUCCAUUUUAUAGAAAUUGCACUAUCUCCUUUGCAUUUAUGAAACGUUAGAGACGAUGAAUGAUAAUAUUUUUACACGGGUUUAUCUUUUUGUUAUUCAAAAUCGUGCAGAGUAAAAAAUUUUGUGUAUGAAUGUUAAAAAUAGUCAGUCGAAUUUUAUUUUCUAAAAGUUAAUUAUCAUAAUAAUAGUCGCGAAAGUGAUGAGCCUCUUGGGUUUCACUAAUUUAUAACUCAAUAUAUGACGUUACUUUAAUAAUAUUAAUAAUAAGGUUAGUAAAUUAAUAUUAGAAAAGUUGAGAACAGAACAUCAAUAUACUUUUCAAAUUUCAUUCAAAAUUUAUAAGAGUAAAUUUAUAUCAAAUUAAUAAAAAUUUAUUUCAAGAAAAGUUCUGAUUAAAAAAUUUAUCCAGAAUUAAUUUUCAAUAAAAUA